CUCUCAAGCUCCACCACCUUCGGCCACCACCUUUGGGGUCCAAAACUCCAAGCACACAACGCAACCGAAGAAUUCUGUCUCAAAUCAGAUCUCUUUUCUAACAUUUUCAAACCUUCUGUUUUUCAUUUUGUAAGACCAAAUUCACCUUCCUCAAAUUAAGUUUCAAAAAUGCAUUGUAUGAUCUAAAUUAUAUAUUUAAUUGUAUAAUAUAAAUUUGUUUAGCUAAUAGUUCAGCAAAAAGAAUGAGAGAGAGUGUUAGAGCGAUAGGAUGGGAUUCAGGCUAUGGUCACAGGGCGCGGCAUCGACGGACAGCACUGGGUGGUGAAAAGAUCAGAUUCCAAGAGAGAGGUCGGCAGUGGGAGGGGGUGGAUAAAAGACAACUUAGCUGGAAUGGAAACCGAUAUGAGCACAGAGAGUGGGAGUAUGACAGAGGACAGCAGAAAGAAGGGAACUGGAGUAAGCACAGGCAGUGGGGGUAUGACAGAGGACAGUAUAAGCAAACUACAGCCUUCUUCUUUACAAACAUACCGGAGGACUGGAGUUACUCAGAUAUGUGGAGAACGUUUGGCAAGUUUAGAAGAGUAUUUGAUAUAUAUAGUCCUCAAAGAAGAAGCAAGAACGGAAGGAGGUUUGGCUUUGUCAGGUUCCUCAAUGUAAGGAAUACUAGGGAGCUUGAGAAUCAGCUUGAUCAAAUAAAGGUGGACGGACUUAAACUAUGGGUAAAUCUUGCCAAAUACCCAGAGGGGAAAGUUAAUGAGGUAACAGUAAGGAAAAUCAUCCCAUCAAAAGGAACUGUCCAUGGGAAAUCAUACGCUGAUGUGGUUCGAGGACAAGGAGGGUGUGGACCCGUGAAAAUAGUAGAGAAGAUACUUGUGAGGCCCAUGAAGCAUGAUGAAGGAAAUAUCAGAGCCCAUGCAAGUCAGAAGCAGUCGAAGACCGAGCAAGUAUGGAAACAGAAAAACAAAGGAGAAGAGUGGGCAGGCCUGGAGUUUAAUGUGAAAGAAGAAGAGUUUCAAUGGCUGCAAGGAUGCUAUGUGGGAAUUGCUCACUCAGUGGAGAUUGUACCCAAUCUACAAGAGAAGCUCUACAUGGAAGGGUACUUCUCAUGUAGAUUAAGAGCUAUGGGGGGAAAAUUGGUCCUUAUGGACGGGGAGGACAAAGAUGAAAUUAAAGACUUAGUGGAGGGAGCCUCAGAGUGGCUUGGUCAAUGGUUCUUUGAGGUCAAACCGUGGUCACCCUCAAUGGUAACAAAAGAAAGGUUUGUUUGGAUGAGGUGCCAGGGAGCUCCUUUACAUGCUUGGAGCCCAGAAUUUUUUGAAGAGCUGGCAUUAGUUUGGGGAAAAUGUAUAUGCUUGGAUGAUAGCACAAGCAAAAAGAGAAGGUUUGAUGUAGCAAGAUUCCUAUUAUCAACAUCAAUAAUGGAUACAAUCUCCGUUCACAGGAAAGUUAAAGUCAAUGGGGUUAUAUAUGAGUUGAAGUUCUCAGAGGAGGAAUUGACAAACAGUCUCUUCUCACUUAAGUAUGAUUUCAAGCCGUCUUUUAAUAGCGACUCAAAGCUUGAUGAGUCUUGGUCGGACGCCUCCGAUUCUUCAGCAGGUUUUGAUGAAGAUAACGGUGGAGCGGAAAUAGGGGGUGAAGCUGGUGAGGAUAUCUCAGGCAGAGAAACGUUUCCGAGCAAGGAAAGAGGAAGUAGAUUAGGUGAGGAAGAGUCCGUUGAUGUUGUUGCAGAUAGUUUUGAAAUGGAUAUGAAAGAGGAUGACGCAGGGGAGAGAGUUGAUUUGGGAAUAUGUGUAUUAGGAAGUAAGGUACAGAACUUCUCAAACUCAAAUCCUGCAGCAAGUUUGGGAAGCUAUGGGCUGGGCACUCAACCCAAUAGUGAUCCAUUAAAUGGUCAUGCUACAAAGGGGAUUUGGGUCGGUGAAGGAAGAUCAAAAGAAUACUGGGCCGGUGGAAGAAGAAAUGAAAGUCCACAAAAGGGGAUUGAAGUGAGGCCCGACAGGGGAGUUAAAGAGAAGCACUCAUCGGAAAAAGUAGAAAAAAAAGGCACGAUGGUUCUGGAGAAUGGCAGCUCCUGUAACAGCGAGAGGGGUUGCUCAGAAGGGGGCAGGGAAGUGGUGUCGGGCGCAGCACAGAAAAAAGAUAGGAAAAAGAGGAAGAAAAGGAGCAAAUCGUGCACAUCAAUUUAUCAAAAAUCAAUUCUUUUGGGAUUUAUGAAGCAGAAGAAGAAAAACAGGGGCAGAUGUGGUGCGAGGCAAUCGGAGGAAGAAGCAGUGCCGGUGUUCUUGCCAAGCACAAGCAACUCAAUAGCAGGCGGAUCCGUUGGCGAUAACGGUAUUCAGAACUGCAACCGACUGCUCAAGGAAGCCCCCAACAAGCUGAUAGCUAAUGAUAUAUGGGAGUUCGCGAAGAAGAUAGGGGCAGUUGCAGAGGAAGAAGAUUCGGUCAUCAAGAAGCUUGAGGAGAUGGAGAGGAGAGAUAGAUCAACAAAGGAGAAAGAAAGCUUAAAGGGGCCGAAUAAGGAUCAGAAGGAGACUAAGAAGAGUGGAAUAGAUAGAAAAUUUUGUAGUUUGCUGUGGGGGUCAGAUGAGUUUGAAUAUGUGGCUAAGGAUCCUACAGGAUUGUCAGGAGCGGGUAAAAGAAGUCUAUGGGAAGAUUUAAAAGAUCUAGUUCUGCAGACAAGAGGGCUAUGGUGUCUUGUGGGUGACUUCAACACGGUAAAGAAUGUAGAGGAGAAAGUGGGAAGCAAAGUAAUAACUAUUGAGAUGAGGGAGUUUAAUAAUUUUAUUAUGGAAUCUGAACUGAUUGACAUACCAUUAGUGGGCAGAAAAUAUACAUGGUAUCAUUCGAGUGGAAAGCUGAUGAGUAGAAUUGACAGGUUCUUAAUGUCUGAAGAGUGGUUGAAUAAGUGGGGGGAGGCAACACAGUGGGGUCUAACCAGAACUGUAUCUGACCAUUGCCCAAUCCUCCUUAGGCAUCAAAAAGUAAAUUGGGGUCCGAAACCAUUCAGAUUCUUCGAUGUCUGGCUAGAGCAAGAAGGGUGUCGAGAGGUGAUAAGAGAAGCAUGGAGAAGGAAAAGAAUUCAUGGGUGGGCAGGAUUUCGGAUCAAAGAAAAGCUCAAAAAUACCAAAGAGGCUGUGAAGAAGUGGAGUAGAAAUUUUGCCCUAGAAAUUGAAAGAAGAAUAACAGAGGCUACAGCAGAGAUAUCGCAGCUAGACCAGAAAUCCAGGAAAGCAUGGCUAGUGAAGGGUGAUGCAAACACGAAAGUCUUCCAUAAUUGUGUGAAGGGGAGAUGGAAGAGGAAUGAGAUCAACAGCAUUCAUGUAAAAGGGGUUCAGAUUACAAAAGCUGACAAGCUGAAAGAAGAAAUUGCCUCCUUUUUUGAGGAAACAUUCACGGAGGAGAAGUGGAGGAGACCAGUGGUAGAAGGACUCCAAUUCAAACAAAUCUCCCCAGCAAAUAAUGUCUUUCUCACUGCACCUUUUUUCGAAGAAGAGAUCAAGACAGCGGCAGCAAAGAAAGGUUUCCUUGAAGGUGUUGAAGUGGGAAAUAAAGGCUUCAAGGUCACUCAUCUUCAAUAUGCAGAUGAUACAUUGAUGUUUGGCACAGCUACUGAUGAAAAUGUAUGGGCUAUGAAGAGCAUCUUGAGGACAUUCAAGCUGAUAUCGAGGCUAAAGAUAAAUUUCAACAAAAGUCAGCUCAUUGGCAUUGGAGUAAAGGACGAGUGGUUAGAAAAAAUGGCAUGGAUAUUGUGUUGCAAAAAAGGAAGCUUGCCUUUUAAGUAUUUGGGGAUUCCCAUUGGGGGAAGAAGUGGGAAGCUCUCAUUAUGGAAACCAGUGCUGGAGGGUGUGACCAAAAAAUUAUCCGCUUGGAAGGGGAGAUACCUAUCCUUAGGAGGAAGGAUCACUCUCAUUAACUUAGUGCUGUCCAGUCUACCCGUGUUUUGGAUGUCCGUGUACAUGAUCUCGAAAGGUACGAUUCUACUUCUCGACAAAAUUCGUAGGAGAUUUUUAUGGGGAGGAGUUGAGGGGGGAAAGAAAAUAAAUUGGGUUAGAUGGGAUAAGGUUUGUAGGGAUAAAGACCAAGGAGGUUUAGGUGUAAAGGAUUUAAGGAAGUUUAAUCUAGCUUUGCUAGGGAAGUGGUGGGGGAGAUUGGUUAACGAUGAGGAAGGACUAUGGAAGAAAGUUUUAUUGCAGAAAUAUGGUAGGGAAGGGGAACCAAGAUAUAAUUGGUUACGAGAUGGUAAUGGUUUUGGGUCAAGAUGGUGGAGGGAUAUUUGUAGGCUGAAUGUCAUAGAUAAAGACAAUGGGGGUUGGUUAGCAAAGGGGUUGAAUAUUAAAAUAGGAGAAGGGGGUAGUGUGAAAUUCUGGUGGGACGAUUGGAGUGGGAAAGGAUUAUUGGCUAACAAAUACCUCAGAUUGUACUUAAUUUCUGCAGGUAAAGACAAUUUGGUUUCACAAAUGGGACGGUGGCUAGAUGGCAGUUGGAUAUGGAAUUUGCAGUGGAGGAGAAGGUUAUAUAGCUGGGAAGUUCUCGAAGAAGCAGAAAUCUUGAAGGAGAUCCAGGAAACAACUAUCAUGAAAGGAAAAACUGAUGUAUGGGAGUGGGUUCAUAGCAACAAUGGGGUAUACACAACAAAAUCUGCUUACAAGGCACUUACAAUGGAGAUCCAGCGGGAUCAGCCAGGAGUGAACCUUCAAAAAGUAUGGAUCGCAAUAGUGCCAAGUAAGGUCUCAGCAUUUUCAUGGCAACUUCUCCAAGAUAAAAUCCCCACAAAGGCAAAUCUGUUCAAAAGAGGUAUAAUUCAAAACAUGGAGGAGUGCAAAUGCGAAUUCUGUGGGUAUCAAAUGGAGGAAACCAGCCAUAUAUUCACGCAUUGCAAAGUUGCAUAUGAUUUGUGGAAUGCUUGCUUCAGGUGGUGGGGAAUUAGAACUGCGUUGGACAGAGAAGGGAGCAAGGUAUUUCAACAGCAUUCUUCGGGUCUCAAAGUGGCAGAAAUAAGAGAAGGAUGGAGAUGCAUAUGGUUAGUGGUGGUGUGGACAGUGUGGCUGGCAAGGAAUGACAGCAUAUUUAAAGGAAAAGAAGCUGACAAGUGCAGGCUACUAGAAUUGGUUCAGCUAAGGUCCUUCAGCUGGAAAAAUGUAGGGAGAAAAGCCGUCUUUUUUCUUGGUCUGAUUGGAUCCAGGACCCGGUAUCUUGCCUUAGAGACGUUGCAACUAGAAAAAGGCCAAACAGGGGGGCAAAACCUGAGUAAGCAAUGGAUUCCGUAAGAAGGGACGCUUAAUUAUCUCUUGGGUCAUACGUGUUUUUUUUUUGGUGGAAUUAGUGCUGAGUAAGCACAUAUUCCCCUAUAAAUGGUUUGGAGUACA